AUGCUUAGAAUUCAUGAUGACAUGAUUUCUGCUACAAACGAACUCAUCAAGCAGAGUCAUGUUCGUCAUGAUAAACAAAUUGAGAAAGAGUUCAAACAAAAAGAUGGUUUUAAUAUGAUCAUGCACGAAGUUUUGAUCAAAGUCAUUCGCUCUACUCAACACUUUGUCGAUACUCCUAAUCACAAAUUCGAUACAAUGCUCCUUGUCAUGGAAGAAACCCUUGACACCUCAAUGCCCAAGCUUCACCCUAAUGAUGCAUUCCAAGCUUCUCAUCCAACUCCUCCUCCUAUUCUUGCUCCGAAAAUUACACCUGUUGAUGAUAGUCCUCCAACUACAAAACCAGACGACCUACCUGAGGAAUCAUUGAUCUCUCCUCCCUUGGAACUAUUCAUCACUCCAAUAGGUCAACAAGUCAUCUCAUCUACCAUUCCUUUGAAUCCUCCUGCCAAAGACAAAGGCAAAGGAAUCUCCUUGAAUUAG